UCAAGCGCAGAGCAUCACUCAGAGAGGGAAAGCUGCCGCUGCUCCUCCGAAAUCGCCUGUAAUCCUCCCUGUCCCAGCGCUUGGCUCUGCUGCAAUGCACUCAGCGGAUUAAUCUUGUCGGGUUUUGAUUGGACGCAGCCAUGACGACACAUGUAACGCUGGAGGAUGCUCUGUCCAAUGUGGACCUGUUGGAGGAGUUGCCCCUCCCUGACCAACAGCCAUGCAUCGAACCACCUCCCUCCUCCAUCAUGUAUCAGGCGAACUUUGACACCAACUUUGAAGACAGGAACGCAUUUGUUACAGGGAUUGCCAGGUAUAUCGAACAGGCCACCGUACACUCCAGCAUGAACGAGAUGCUGGAGGAGGGACAUGAAUAUGCGGUGAUGCUCUAUACGUGGAGGAGCUGCUCGCGAGCCAUUCCACAGGUCAAGUGUAAUGAGCAGCCAAACCGUGUGGAGAUUUACGAGAAGACUGUCGAGGUUCUGGAACCGGAGGUUACCAAGCUGAUGAAGUUCAUGUAUUUCCAGCGCAAAGCGAUUGAGCGUUUCUGCAACGAGGUGAAAAGGCUUUGUCAUGCAGAGAGACGCAAGGACUUUGUGUCGGAGGCUUACCUGCUCACCCUCGGCAAGUUCAUCAAUAUGUUUGCUGUGCUGGAUGAGCUGAAGAACAUGAAAUGCAGUGUCAAGAAUGACCACUCGGCCUACAAGAGGGCCGCUCAAUUCUUAAGGAAGAUGGCCGAUCCCCAAUCCAUCCAGGAAUCUCAGAACCUCUCCAUGUUCCUGGCGAAUCACAACAGAAUAACCCAGUGCCUGCACCAGCAGCUGGAGGUGAUCCCCGGAUACGAGGAGCUUCUAGCCGAUAUCGUCAAUAUCUGCGUCGAUUACUACGAGAAUAAAAUGUACCUGACCCCAAGCGAGAAACACAUGCUGCUGAAGGUGAUGGGGUUUGGGCUGUAUCUGAUGGAUGGGAAUGUAAGUAACAUCUACAAACUGGACACCAAGAAACGGAUAAACCUCAGUAAGAUCGACAAGUUUUUCCGGCAGCUGCAGGUGGUGCCAUUGUUUGGAGACAUGCAGAUAGAAUUGGCCAGAUACAUUAAGACCAGUGCUCACUAUGAGGAGAACAAAUCCAAGUGGACCUGCACUCAGAGCAGCAGCAGCCCGCAGUACAACAUCUGUGAACAGAUGGUGCAGAUCCGAGAUGAUCACAUUCGCUUCAUCUCUGAGCUCGCGCGGUACAGCAACAGUGAGGUUGUUACGGGAUCGGGACUGGACAGCCAGAAGUCGGAUGAAGAAUACCGAGAGUUGUUUGACCUGGCACUGCGAGGGCUACAGCUCUUGUCCAAGUGGAGCACUCACGUCAUGGAAGUGUAUUCCUGGAAGUUGGUUCAUCCUACGGAUAAAUUCUGUAACAAGGAUUGCCCGGGCACAGCAGAAGAGUAUGAACGGGCAACCCGCUAUAACUACACUAGUGAGGAGAAAUUUGCGCUAGUUGAGGUUAUCGCAAUGAUUAAAGGGCUGCAGGUGCUGAUGGGCAGAAUGGAGAGUGUCUUCAACCAGGCAAUUCGCAACACCAUCUAUGCAGCCCUGCAGGACUUUGCCCAGGUCACCCUGAGAGAGCCUCUCCGGCAGGCUACCCGGAAGAAGAAAAACGUCCUGAUCAGUGUCCUUCAGGCAAUCAGGAAGACUAUCUGCGACUGGGAAAGUGGGAGGGAACCUCCCAACGAUCCCUGUCUGAAGGGGGACAAGGAUCCCAAAGGUGGUUUUGACAUUAAAGUGCCUCGUCGCUCAGUUGGACCUUCCAGUACGCAGCUGUACAUGGUGAGGACCAUGCUGGAGUCACUCAUUGCUGACAAGAGUGGUUCUAAGAAGACGCUACGCAGCAGCCUCGAUGGCCCCAUUGUGAUUGCGAUUGAGGACUUUCAUAAACAGUCUUUCUUCCACACCCACCUCUUAAAUUUCAGUGAAUCGCUCCAGCAGUGUUGUGAUCUUUCCCAGCUCUGGUUCAGAGAGUUCUUCCUGGAACUAACCAUGGGCCGAAGGAUCCAGUUUCCCAUUGAGAUGUCAAUGCCGUGGAUCCUGACUGACCACAUUCUGGAGACCAAAGAACCGUCCAUGAUGGAAUAUGUUUUAUACCCGCUGGAUCUGUACAAUGACAGUGCGUACUACACUCUGACAAAGUUCAAGAAACAGUUCCUGUACGAUGAGAUCGAAGCAGAGGUGAACCUCUGCUUUGAUCAGUUUGUUUACAAGUUGGCAGAUCAAAUCUUUGCUUAUUACAAGGCCAUGGCCGGCAGUGUAUUGUUAGAUAAAAGAUUUCGGGCAGAAUGCAAGAACUACGGAGUCAUCAUUCCCUAUCCACCAUCGAAUCGAUAUGAGACGUUACUGAAACAAAGACACGUACAGCUCUUGGGGCGGUCCAUCGACCUAAACAGACUCAUCACUCAGAGAAUUUCAGCUGCCAUGUACAAGUCGCUGGAUCACGCUAUCAGCAGGUUCGAGAGCGAGGACUUGACGUCUGUUGUGGAAUUGGAGUGGCUGUUUGAAGUAAACCGUCUCACUCAUCGUCUCCUCUCCAAACACAUGACCCUGGACAGCUUUGAUGCUAUGUUCAGAGAGGCCAAUCACAAUGUGUCUGCUCCGUAUGGACGAAUCACGCUUCACGUCUUCUGGGAACUCAACUUUGACUUCCUGCCCAAUUACUGCUACAACGGAUCAACCAAUCGGUUUGUUCGUACAGCAAUUCCCUUCACCGAUGAGCCGCAGAGGGACAAGCCUGCCAGUGUCCAGCCAUAUUACCUGUAUGGAUCAAAGCCCCUGAACAUUGCCUUCACCCACAUCUAUAGUGUCUUCCGCAACUUUGUGGGUCCCCCUCACUUCAAGACCAUCUGCCGCCUGCUGGGCUACCAAGGUAUCGCUGUGGUGAUGGAGGAAUUACUGAAGAUCGUCAAAAGUCUGUUACAGGGCACCAUCUUACAGUAUGUGAAGACCCUCAUUGAGGUGAUGCCUAAGAUUUGCCGCCUGCCUCGUCAUGAGUACGGAUCCCCAGGAAUCCUGGAGUUUUUCCACCACCAACUCAAGGACAUCAUAGAGUACGCAGAACUGAAGACAGACGUGUUCCAAAGUCUCCGGGAGGUCGGCAAUGCAAUCCUUUUCUGUUUGCUCAUCGAGCAAGCCUUGUCUCAAGAAGAGGUUUGUGAUCUUCUGCAUGCAGCACCUUUCCAGAACAUUCUACCCAGGGUUUACAUUAAAGAGGGCGAACGAUUGGAGGUCCGAAUGAAACGCUUGGAAGCAAAAUAUGCUCCUCUCCACCUUGUUCCUUUAAUCGAAAGACUGGGGACACCACAGAACUUUUCGCAGCGAUGGAAAGACAAUCUACCAGUCAGUCAAAUAGCGAUUGCCCGCGAAGGGGACCUGCUCACCAAGGAGCGUCUGUGCUGUGGCCUAUCCAUGUUUGAGGUGAUCCUGACCCGCAUUCGGAACUACCUGCAGGACCCAGUGUGGAAGGGACCUCCUGCGACCAAUGGUGUCAUGCAUGUAGAUGAGUGCGUGGAGUUCCAUCGGCUGUGGAGCGCGAUGCAGUUCGUUUACUGUAUCCCCGUCGGGACGAAUGAGUUCACGGCGGAGCAGUGUUUCGGAGAUGGUUUGAAUUGGGCUGGAUGUUCCAUCAUUGUCCUUCUGGGACAACAGCGUCGCUUUGACUUGUUUGACUUCUGUUACCACUUACUGAAGGUUCAGAGGCAGGAUGGAAAGGACGAGAUUAUAAAGAAUGUGCCCCUGAAAAAGAUGGCAGACAGGAUCAGAAAGUACCAGAUCUUGAAUAACGAGAUUUUCGCCAUGUUGAACAAGUAUCUCAAGUCAGUGGAGAACGACAGUUCAACGGUAGAGCAUGUGCGCUGCUUCCAGCCACCAAUUCACCAGUCAUUGGCCACCACCUGCUAGGAGUAAUAAUGGCCCCUGACGUAACCUUGGUUCAGCCUGAGAUCCAAAAGCGGAACUGAGUUCAAAAGUUGUGGUGGAACAAAUUCUGGUUUUGGUUUCAGUAGUAUCUGUGUUCCCUGGUGAUCCUAACCCUCAGCUACGGGGCAGAGAGGUUUAUCUCCCAGCCUCUCCUUGUCACUUUAUUUCAACUGAGCCAUUUGGGGACAAAAAGAAAAUUUCUAUUUAUCCUCUGAAUAUUGGAGCCAGUUCUGAAAUUAAGUUGCCUUUUUGGAGGUCACUUGGAGGUGAAAUUAAUUUGAUUCAUAAGAGGAUUCAGAAGAGAGCAAACUGAGCUGACUGUGUUGUUUUUAUUGGUCAUUUCUGCUGCAUGUCCUGUCCUGCUCACCCAACGUGCCCUCGGGUGGUUAGUGCUGUGUUGUUCUCACUUGACGCUCCCUGGGCACCAGACCUUGCCACCUGCCAUAUCUAAGCACUUUGCUGAGCCCUAAUUACAGUGCAAUGGGGAAUUCCCGAGGGUUUCACAAGUGUUGUCAGAAAUAAUGAACACAAUGGAAUUUCCCAAUGGAAUUUUGAGGUCAUCCAGUCUGUCACUCUUUAAAAUCCUCCAAAUUUUGUGCAUUUGGAGAGAAGUGUCCUGCAUUUCUGUGGCAUGGUUCAGAUCCUCAGGGCAUUGCAAAGCACUUCAUAGCCAGUGUCCUAGUUCAGAAAGUCAGCUGGUGAAUGAUAGAACUGGAGCCAAUCAUUACACAUUUUAAUAUUUAUUUACAGAGUUGCAUGCAUACACCUCCUAAUCCAACAACUAUCGUUUCAGUCCGUAUCUAUUUACAGGGGCUCAAGUCAAUACCCAGGCAAUGCCCACCACCUGCAUACAAUUAAAUGCAAUUAAAAUAAAUUAACAGCCAACAAAGUACUUUUUGAAGCGUAGCCACUGUUGUAAUGUAGGAAUCUCCCACAGUCUGCUAUGAAAUUAUUGACCAGAUAACCUGUUUUAGUGAUCCUGGUUUAAGGAUAAAUGUUGAACAGGACUCCAGGAAGAACUCCCCUUAUCUUAGAAAGAGUGCCAUUGGAUCUUUUACUUGAGAGGGCAGACUUGGUUUAAUAUCUCAUCUCAUCUGAAUAGUGGCACCUUUGACCAUGCAGUACUCCCUCAGUUACUGCACUAGGACUGUCGGCCUGGAUUCUGGGCUCAAGUGUCUGAAACGGGAUUUGAAACCAUGAUGGCCUGACUCAUGCCUAUAGAUCUCAAUUUAGAGCAACGUGUGGGCCACUGGCUAAAGGCUUUACCCCUUCCUGACUCAAUUCAACACACAUUAGCUUGCAAUUACAUGAUUCAUUUGCACUUCAUGGCUUUUCAAGUCGAGGUGGCUUAAUCUUGCAAAUAAUUAAUAGUUAAUAAAUUAAAUAACUGUUCGAAAAGAAAGGGGAGAUUUUCUUGCAUAUGCCAGACCAUCAAAUACAGUGGUGAGGUGGUUAUCUUUUUAGACUAGUAAUCAGGGAACAUUAGUUUUUUUUAGAACAAACUACUGGUUCACCAGGGAAGGAAACCUGUCAUCAUUCCCUGAUCUGGGCCUAUAUUGACUUCAGUCUCAAAUCAGUGCAGUUGACUCUUAACUGCCCUCUGAAGUGGCCUAGCAAGAGAUUCAGUUUGUAUUAAACCAGCUACCAGUGGUUCAAGUAGAAGGCCCACCACGUGCCCAGGGCAACUAGGCUGAACAAUAAAUGUCAUCCUUGUCAGUGAUGCCCACAUCCCAAAAAUGAAUAAAAAUCAUCAGGGCACAGGGACUAUUGGAAAAUUGAGCGGUCUCCUUCCACAGAUGCAUACUCUCACCUGUCUGAUUUUCUGAUAUUUGUUGCAUUGAGGUGAACAGGUAUGGGUCCAGGAUAGCCUCCCUAAAAGAGCAUUUGUAGAUGUAUGGAAAAUCCCACUAGGCCCAAUCAGCCAAUUAUCAUGGUCCAGGCCAUGGUUAAACAGAGCAGAAUUAUCACCUAGCACAGUGGGGGGGUUGUAGCCCAGCCACAGCCAUGUGUCCGAUGCCAGCUCCUCUCUCGGGUUUUCUCCCCUCUUUACCCCACCCCCCCUCCUCACAAUUCACUCCAACCCAGCUCAGACAGUAAAACCCAAUUCUGAGUCAUACUGAUCAAGUGUAUCAACCCAGCAAACAGGAGCAAAACAAUUGGCUUCGUAUUGCCAUGCCUAGGAUGGGGUUAGGGCAAGAAAUUCACUGAGGUUCCUGUUCCUCAUUGCUUUGUCUGGCCACCUCUUUGUCAGGUAGACUUCACACACACAUUUUGGUUGAGAACAUUGGGCUCAUUGGCAGAUGGACCUAUUGAGAUGCACAGUCUUGGCUGACUGGUGAGCUGGACUAAAUAUUCAAUUGCAUCGUACUCAAUACAAAGUCCUUGGGGCACAGGUUCUAUUGCAUCACUCCUCGGCUUGGAAAUGGGCAAUGUUCUGAGCGCAUGUUGGGGAUAAUGCAACAGAACUUGUGACUUGAUGCAUUCAAAAAUAAAAGCUGAAAACUGAGGCUUCCUUUUUAAAAGUUGGUUUGAAUGCACUAGCCUAGGCAAAGAUAUCCCCUCCUCUCUGUGACUGCCCAAUACAUCAUUUAAAGUCAAAAUAUAAUUUCUCAGAAACUCGAGCAGUAAAAUCUCACGGAGGGCUCAGGAUCUUGAUUUUUUUAAAAAGAUAUAAAAUAUUUAUCAAGUGUGACAGCAAUUAAUGAGAUAUGUGUGCCAGAGAACAAAGAAAUUUAACUAGCUGAACUAAUUUAUAUGUGAUGUGUGGCCUCUGAGCUUUUAAUGUAAAUUAUUCCUUGAGGAAGGGUUUUUAUCAUUUACACUUUUUUUUUACACACUUUCUGCUCUUGGUGAAAAUUGGUGUUGAGAAUUUGUUAGUGUUUGUAUUUGUGGGGUGCUCUUGGUUUGGGUCUCAGGUGUGAUUGUUACAGAACUGCCCAACACCCCUAAACUAGAACCUCCCAUAUGAAGGAUUGCCAGCGGGUGAAACAGCUUCUGUAGCCACUCCUUUCAAUGUGAGGGGGGAUCAUAAACCCAUUAGCAGGACCAGACCUAAAUGCUGGUCUUAAGUGUGUCACCAUCCUUGAACUGACAAGCAGUUGUGUAAAUCAGUGUUUGUGUUCUGUUUUUUUUUCUGGAAUGUAAACAGUUUAAUCUCCAUGACUGUGUGUAUUGAUGCACCAUUGUCAAAUCCCACCAUGAGGAUAAAUUAAAAGAAAUAAAAUCCCCUUC